GGACUUUGUGAAUUCUCGACUAUCAUGUUGGCAAUGUUGACUUUUGUCUCUCCUGUUUUUGGAGCACCUAAAAAGAGAAAAUGGUUUUCCAAGUUAUCUGGAAAACAACUCUGCUGUUUUCGUUGUGUUUCGUGCUUGCAAGUAGAGCAACCUAGUCGUAGUCAUCCCAACUAUUGGAGAAACAUAGCCAGAGAGGUAAACAAGACACUGAAAGAACACUCAUUAGAAGCGAACAACCCGAUCAACGUAACGGAUGAAGAUAGUUCGGUGUUUGUUGAUACCACUACAGAUGAAAGAGAAGAGGGUGGUCCAACUUUCAUUCAACAGAGUUCUCGAGUGCAGUUGGACUCCGCUGAGAUAAGCCAUUCCAAUUCUAUGACAACAGAUAGUCAUUCACUUUAUCAAAAUAACUCUCCAAACUCGACAGGAAUGGAAGAAGAACCUUCUGACUAUUCAGUCCAGUUUUCAACUUCUUGGAAUCCUAACACAAGCUGGCUUCAAUUUCCAGAUUUGGUUGAAUCAGCUGAUAUAAGGAGGAAAACUCAAGAGAUAUCCAAACAUCAAAAAGAAGAUGUGUUCAAGUACUAUAUUGAUAGUGAAAACAACUUGCGUCCUUUUCACGAUGCUAUUUCUCCUAUGCACAUUUUCUCAAAAGAGUCUGAAACUCAAACUGUUUCUGAGCCUUCAGCCUGGGAAAAUUGGCAUCAAUUAUCUCAGAAAGGUAACGAAGAUUCCUCAAGUCUAGAUGAGUCUCUUGACGAUGAAUGGAGUGAAAUUGACCGUUGGAGACCGGUUGCUGUUGAAUUAGAAGGUUAUAAUCCCAAGUUGACGGAAGACACAUCGGAAGAAGUUCGUAUCGAGAAAAACAAACUUUCGAAGAGAAGAGAAGCAGUGGCAUGGCAAAAAUGGUUCUCUACUCAGCAAUACAACUUGUCUUCUGAGUUAUGGGAGCGACGUAUCGGUGUCACUGGCAAGGACUGUGACAAGAAUACAUCAAUUUAUAAACAAUGGCUAGCUGAUAUGGAACAAGGUUUGGAACCUUAGUAAAAGCAAUAUUAUAUUUGAAAUAAAGACGACACAUUGUGUUGUAAUUGAACAUUGCAUUUUCAUUUAAAGACAGUUUUAAUUC